UCGUUAAUAAUUCCCUCUUAAUCUCAGAAAGUUUGUACUUCUACGUACCAAAACUCUUCUGCAGCUAAUCUUCCCUAACUUCUCAGGGAAAAUGAAAUAUUUCCUUCUAUUCUUCAUCGUGAUAGUGUUCGUCGAUGUCUUCCAUUCAGCAUUUGGAAGCAGCAAUCUUGGCAGCGAUGAUGCUUCUGCAAGAGCUGCAACUUAUCCGGCCUUUUCUCGCAGCAGUGGUUCUGAUGCCAUAACCGAUCGUUUUCUUGCCGAAGCUCGAAGCAAAGGUGCCGGUUGCAAGAAAUAUCCGUUCGUUUGCCGACUUCGGGGCAGCGCCGGGCCGGACUGCUGCGGGAACUCCUGCGUCAACACCUUCACCGAUCGAAGGAACUGUGGUCGGUGCGGGAAGAAGUGCAGACACGGGGAGACGUGCUGCGGAGGGCAGUGCGUCAACCUCUCCUUCAACACCAGCCACUGCGGCCGCUGCUUUAACAAGUGCAGCGCCGGAGAUUCCUGCUCCUAUGGUCUCUGCGCUUACGCUUGACGACUAGCUAGAUUCUUGGUCGCCAUGCAUAAAGAUUGGUUUAAUUUAAUUUAUUCAUGUAAUG